ACUGUGCGCCUGAUGUCUUCUCGUUCAACAUAGUAAUCAACGGCUGCUUUAAAGAAGGUGAAGUAGACAAAGCGUGCAAUCUCUUCCAUGAGAUGCCCCAACUGGGAGUUCAACCUGAUGUGGUGACCUACACCUCAAUCAUGGACGCACUAAGCAAGUCCGGAGCAAUGGACAAGGCAGAAGUGCUCCUUCGGCAAAUGGUUGAUCAAGGAAUUGAACCCAAUAUCAGGACAUAUAGCUGUCUGAUCCAUGGAUAUUCUACUUUUGGUCAGUGGAAGGAGGCACUUAGGGUAUUCAAAGAAAUGGCAAGUCUUGGUGUUGUACCAGACGUUGUCACAUUGAGCUCAUUAAUCGAUUCCCUUUGCAGGCACAGAAGGACAAAGCAAGCUAGAGAAAUUUUUGACUCUAUGGCUGCAAAGGGCCUGAAACCUAAUAUCGUCUCCUACUCUACUAUGCUUAAUGGGUAUGUCAAAGAAGGAUCCUUCGAGGAUAUGACCGGUCUCUUCAAUUCGAUGGUACGGAAUGGUAUUGUACCUAACCACCAUAUUUUCAACAUACUGAUCAAUGCAUAUGCUAAACGUGGACUGAUGGAUGAGGCUAUGCACAUGUUCGAAGUAAUGAGGCAACAAGGAGUAAACCCAGAUGUAUUUGGCUAUCAAAUCAUAAUGGAUUCACUUUGUAAAAUGGGUAAGAUGGAUGCUGCUCUGGACAAAUUUAAUCAGAUGGUCAAUCAAGGAGUUUCACCUAACAAAGCUGUUUACCAAUGCCUGGUUCUGGGUUCUUGCUCUCAUGGUGAUUUUGUGAAAGCCAAGGAAUUGAUUUCUGAAGCGGUUAAUAGAGGUCUGUGUUCUAACAGUGUGUUCUUCUAUCCUGUAAUAAACGACCUUUGCAAAGAAGGAAAGGUAAAGGAGGCACAUGAUAUGUUUGACUUCAUCCUAGGUAUUGGUCAGCGGCCUGAUGUGAUUAUGUACACUUCACUGAUGGAUGGAUAUUGCCUUGUUGGCAAGGUGGAGGAAGCACUGAGAGUACUUGAUGCUAUGAAGUCUGCUGGCCUCCAACCUGAUGUUUUUACAUAUGGUACACUUCUUAAUGGCUACUGUAAAAUUGGAAGGAUCGCCGAUGGAUUGAGUCUUUUCAGGGAAAUGUCACUCAGCGGGGUUAAGCCCACUACUAUUAUGUACAACAUUAUACUUGAUGGGCUGUUUCGCUCCGGGAGAACAGAUUCUGCAAAGGAAGAAUUCGAUACAAUGAUUGAAAGUGGCAUACCGGUGGGCAUUGACACAUGCACCAUAGUUCUUAGUGGACUUUGCAAAAAUAAUUGCACUGAUGAAGCAAUAGAGCUGUUCAAGAAAUUAUGUGCAAUGAAUGUGAAGUUUGAUGUCAUAAUACUCAAUACCAUGAUUUCUUCAAUGUUUAAGACUAGGAGAAUUGAAGAAGCCAAGGAUUUGUUUGCUACUAUAUCAACCAUAGGGUUGGUGCCUUCUGUUGUGACUUACAGUGUAAUGAUGACGAAUUUCAUAAAAGAAGGGUCGCUGGCAGAGGCUGAUGAUAUGUUUUUAGCAAUGGAGAAGGCUAGCUGUGCUCCCAACUCCAUCCUGCUAAAUCAAGUGGUCAGGGCGUUGCUGAAAAAAGGUGCAGUUGUGAAGGCUGCAACUUAUCUCGCUAAACUUGAUGCUAAACAGCUGUCAGUUGAAGCCUCAACGAUUUCGUUAAUAGUAUUUCUCUUCUCAGGGGAAGGGAAACUAAGGGAGCACGUAGAGUUGCUUCCAGUAAAGUACCAGCCUCCUGAGAGUUCGGCUGACAGUUGA